AUGUCCUUUCUCCUAGGUGACGAGGCCAGAGAGCAGGCCAAGCGUUCUAUAAAAGGUCUAGUUAGAUACGUUCAGACCAGCUGUGAAGAACCUUCGCACCAUGAACCUCUCUACCUUGUACUUAACACCAAGACGUUUCUAGUCAAGGAAAAGGAUUACACGCCUAGAAUUAUCCCUGUGACACACAAAUUACGCAACUUAGACGAGAAGGCGAUUUUGUUCAUUACGCGGGAUCUGUCAUAUCGCGAAGAGCUCACAAAGAAAGAUCUGCCAACCGAGGACCUCUUCCAUCAGAUCAUUCCAUUCCAGAAAAUCAAGCUGAUUGGUGCCAGCGCCAAGAAGUCCGUCAAGCUUUUUAAGGAGAAUGACAUAGUGAUAGCUGAUAACAGAAUCUACAGCAAGUUGCCCGAGGCAUUGGGAACUCAGUUCUACAGCAAAAAUAAGAAGGUCCCAUAUAAGGUUCAAAUGGUCAAACCCGGACACAAGUCUGUGGCCCGGAGCCAACCGUGUGAUCCCAAGUACAUUCGGGCACAGGUGAAGGCUAUAAUGGCGAACACAUCGUUUAUUCCACCAGCCAAAGGCAAUUGCAUCAACAUCGUCGUAGGGUACCUGGACUGGAAAGUCUCGGAGCUCUUGACCAACAUCAACGAUGUUAUCAGCUACCUAACAGACGAGAAAUACCGUCCUGUGGGUGGUCUUCUUCAAAAGGUGGAAAAUUUACAUAGUGUGCUCAUCAAGACGAGUAAUAGUGUGGCAAUGCCGGUAAUGAAGAAGCAGGUUGAGAAUGUCGAAGAAAGUGACAUGAGUGACUUGGACUUUUAG